AUGCUCCGCCGGCGCCCCAGCAAGUCAGUGAUUUGGUCCCCUGAGAAAGAGAAGAUUCUAUGGGAUGAACUGUCCCGCCCACGAACCAACCUGAACGCUGUUAAUUGGACGGGGCUGUCGGCCCAAUUGGACGUACCAGUACCAUAUCUCGUUUAUCGAGCGCAAGUUAAAUACGAACAAGACCUCAAAGGACUCCAAGGCAUCCGACAAGCACAACCUGCAACCUCUCCAGCAGACGACCGUCCCUUGGGUCUCUCUACGCAAAGAGCCCGUAAUGUACUUUCAUCCCCGACUACUGCUACACCUUCCCCCCUUGUUCGUCGGAUGAGCUCAUCAGGGGCCAUUGGUUCACGAUGGAGUCGAGGCUCCAAUGCUUCGACUCAUACCAUCAUUCAACCUCCGCCUGCGCGGAUGGCGCGACUCAAUCCUGUCUUGACGCCACUCAGAACGGCUACGGGGUCUAAGCCUUCUACGCCCAGCUCUGGUCGCUCUACCCCUUCACCAACCGACUCAGAGGAAGAAAAACGCGACGCACAAAAAGACGAGGCGGACCAACUGGCGGAAAAGUUGAAGGAGCUACAGAAGAAAAUGGGGAGCGGGUAUUUUGGAUUCGCGAGGCCCAACAAGUCACAUGCACCUUCGAUUACGACCUCCCAAAUCCGACCCGAGUCGCAGUUGGCAUCUCAGAUUCGGUCACAGUCGGGCUCGCAAGUUCGAACGCACGCUACUCGUUCGCAGACGGCCACCAUGUCCGCGUCCCAAAUGCAAAGAUCCUUGACGACCCCGACCGGAACUGCGAUGAUGGCCGAUGGCGGCACGACCACGUCGGCUUCCGCAUCCAUGUCCCAGCGCGGGUCUAUCCCGGAUAUUCCUUCCCCUGCAUCAGACUCUCGGGCCCGCCUGCCCUUGCGCGUGACAAAGCGAGCGACAUCUGUCGGAACCCAUCGCUCACCAAGUGUUGUAUCGGAGGCGCAAGAAAGGGGCCCGGUAGGUCGGACGCGCGCACAUGAUGCGGGGAGCGGCCAGGUAUCCAGUGCUUCGAGCUUUAGUGAUAUAAGUGAUAUGAGCUCUUCUGCACUUGAAGAUGCGAUGAUGAGCAACAAUUUCGCCAGUCGCAUGUCGAUGUUUUCUCGCGCUCAUCAUUCACGCGGAGCGAGGCAUGGGCGAUUUACUUAG